UUAAAAUGGUUAAAAAAAAUAUAUAUAGCGCUUCUUAGUGAAGAGCAAUUUCUCAAGCAAGCAUUUUGCUAGGACUGCCUGAGUGAGGUACCUAAUUGGAUGAGACUAAUGGGAGGGAUAUGUAACCUGAACUAGCUGUUAUUGGCAGAGAGGUUUGGAACCCACUUUGUUAUUAGUCUAUUAACUUAUACCGCCUGAUGAUGUCUCCAGGCAGGCCAAAACUCCAUCCCACCAAAGCAGGCUGAAAUUUCCAGCGGCCUUUUCAAACAGCUCUUACACUAAAAGGGCAUUAUCAUCAUUUUCACAAUUUCAGUAUUAUUCCUACGUCAUAGUGUGGAAAUAUAUAUAAAACACUCAAAAUAUCACGCCUUUGACUGCACUGUGCCUUUUAAGCCCAUCAGGAAUGCAUUUCCUGGUAGUAAACUAAGAUCAGUUGCAGUAGAACAACGCAAACAAAUGACUCAUUGUGUGUCAUGCAGCAGAUUUAUUUCUCCUAAUUAUUACAUUGUUGGAGAUUUUACAUUACUUAGUUGUCGGACAAGGUGAGAAAAUAAACCAGAUGAAAUAAGGUCACCAAGUUUGUCUAAUAUUCGAUCAAUAGGCUAGUUUCCUAGUUCUUUGGCACAGCCAGAAAGAGUAGCCAUUUUAAUUGCCAGAGGCGUUGUAAUUGCCAGAGGCUGUGAUAAACGCCAACUGGGAUAAAGCAAGCUCUGUUUUGUCAAGUGGCCAAAUGAUUACAGACAGAGGCAGGACAAGUCUCUCUCUGCAAGGCUGAGCCCAGAAGUACUUAAUGAGCGUAGAGUAUAGAAAAAUAGAAAAAUGUUUGACAGCACAGUCUCAUUCUGUACUCUUUCUUCACCAAAUCGCUCAAUUUGUUUUUAGAAACGUCUCACUUCAGUGAUGCUUAAGAGGGGAGGGGACACUUUACUUAUCACUUAAAGGAGGCUCUGACAGGGGGUGGCCAGCACCUGGGCAGAGGUCCAACAUGUAUCAGUAUUACAGCUCUGAGCCUGCUCCCCUUCCCAGGGUGCAGGGUCACACUACUACCGUCUGCAGGGGUAUCUCAUUCUCCACACAUAUCAACUGCUUGUGUGGUCCCCCCCCCCCUUCCCCCUUAGAGCUCAACUACAGUAGCACUUCUGCAGGAAUGUGAUUAUAUUGUUAAAGUAAAUAGUAUUAAAUAUACAUCUAUAAACCUUCAACAUUUUAUAUAUGUCUAUUAUACAGUACAUCAUGCAGCCUAACUGAUAUCAUGCAGAGAUAAUCCUGUGAAGCUGUAAUGUGUUGUGGUUUCUCUAGAGCAAAGUUGCUAAGUAGAUGGAAUUACUUGGAUGAGGAGGUUGAGAUAAUAACAUAAUAGGGAGGUAAGCUACAGACAUGCAGUAGGCCUGCUGCUGUUAACUAAGGGCUGAAUCCUAACUCGCUCAAGGAUUAGGCCUACAUUGUUAAAUAGUGAGCCACUUCAGUGAGCCAGGUUUUCCUGAGUAGAUCCUUUUUGUUUACAAAAGUACGCUCACUAGGCUAACUCAUUUGUCAGCUUGUGACAAUACCUCUCUGUUCUCCCAGGCUUGGAUCAGAUGCUGAAAACAGGUUAACAGAAAAACCUUAACAGACCAGGAUGCAGAGUUUGCAGCCAGACCCUAAGGCUCAGUACAGCAGCGUGUACGAGGCCCUAAGAAGGAUCGUCCGGACGGAGGGUCUCCUCAGACCCCUAAGGGGCCUCAACAUCACAAUGCUGGGGGCCGGCCCUGCCCACGCCAUCUACUUUGCCUGCUACGAACGUGUCAAGCACACACUCAGCGAGGUCAUUCAGAAUGGAGGAAACAGCCACAUAGCCAAUGGACUGGCAGGCUGUGUGGCCACUGUGCUGCAUGACGCGGUCAUGAACCCAGCUGAAGUGGUGAAACAGCGGAUGCAGAUGUACAACUCUCCCUACCGGAACCUGUUGGACUGUGUUCGGACUAUACAGCGCACUGAGGGGCUCGCAGCCUUCUACCGCAGCUACAGCACACAGCUGGCCAUGAACAUUCCCUUCCAGGCGGUCCACUUUAUGACCUAUGAGCUGAUGCAGGAGCGCCUCAACCCCCACAGACAGUACCACCCCGGCAGCCACAUACUGUCUGGGGCUGCGGCGGGGGCUGUGUCUGCAGCCAUAACCACCCCGCUAGACGUGUGUAAGACCCUGCUCAACACACAGGAGAACGUAGCGCUCAGCUCCAUGCACAUCAGUGGUCACCUCACAGGCAUGGCCAAUGCCUUCAGGACAGUGUAUCGCCUCGGUGGCAUGGCUGCCUUCUUCAAAGGGAUCCAGGCCCGGGUCAUAUACCAGAUGCCCUCCACUGCCAUCGCAUGGUCAGUCUAUGAGUUCUUUAAGUACUUCCUGACCAAGCAGCAGAUGGAGCGAGAGGCUGGGACAGCAGGCCCAGUCUGAGGAAGGGCUGUGGAGGGGGUAGACCACAAUGUGACCACACCUGUACUAGAGGCUCCUUGCUCUCCUGUGGAAUCAAUGCAAAAAGCCUCAUCAUGGAGGCGACAUCGUGUUCAUAAUUUAUAUCUGUGUGUGCUUUUGUAUAAUAAUUCAAAGGGAAGUCACUGCAAUGGAGGAAGUUUGAAAGACUUGCUGUGGUAGACCGUGGCACUCCUUACCCUUCACUUUCCUACCAAGCAAGCCCUUCUAUUUCGCAGUGUCAUUCAUUAGAGGAGUGGAGGCUGUUACAUGAACAGGAGCUGCCCAGAGAUGAUUAGUCUUUCCAGUAAUGCAGAGAAAAGGGCAUCUUCAGAUAUGGCAACAGGCCCUUUUCCCAAAUCACCUGUUCACUAAGCACACAACACUACCAACUUCGUCUAUCACUAUCUGGUGACAGUAUUUUUAUUAUUAUGUUGGGCUACAUUCAUACAGUAUGUUUAUAGAUCUGAUAUGGGAACUUUUUAUUUGUUUGACUUGCUUACCAGGGCUUGCGUUUUAUGGAUUCGGAAGAGACACAUAGCUGUUUGCUUGUUUUAUUUCCUUGUGUAUUUAUAAAGGACUGUUUGAUUGAACACAUUCCUGAGUUUUGCUGCACAGUAGACACAAUUGCGCUUUCAAAGUGCCUCUUUAUCAUUGAAGGCUGCCACUACUUCAAAGCUUUUUGUGGUUUCCAUGUCCUUAAUAGAAAUGGAUUGGAUUGAUCAUCAUUGUUAUCUCCAUUAUCAUAAUCAUAUGGUCUUUAUAUGUUACCUUUUCAUCAAUCAUAGCAAGAAACCACUGAUGUCAAAACCAAAUGUACUGAAAUAGGACCAUAUUGUUAUUUUUCCUUGGCCAGAAGGUUGGCAUCAUACAAUGUGCCUAUAGUCUGAGCUAGCCUAAACCUUUUUCUGUUCUGUGUUGGAAAUGCAGUUCUGAGAGUUACAUACAGUAGUGCAUCAUUCCCUUUUGGCUCAACCCCUAAAUGUUGUGCUGGGUAUUUUCACUUUAGAUAGGUCUUCAUUCAAACCUCUGCGCCACUCAAAGUCUGCAUUAGUUUAGUAGUUCAGUUAUUUUGACCACACAGUGAAGUAAGUCUGCCCCCUUUUCCUGAGAGGUUACUGGAAUCCCUCUCAAUAACAAAGGUGUAUAGGCCAUAACGGCCCAAAUAUUAGUCUUGUUUGAGCACAGUAGUAUGCUCUGGAAUCACACCAAUGUGAGUGUUUAGUAUAAAUUAUAUAACAUUCUAUGUUGCAGAGAAGAGGCAGCGUUUGUAUAUUUUAGUGAGUGAUUGUUUCCCAGGAGGCAUUUCAUUAUGCAGGUCCUCAGGUGAACCAAACAUUAGCACAAAACCUGUCAGAGGCUGGUGGCAUGGAUUGCCUCGUCUCUGCAUUCAGACACAUCUGUGAUGUUCAUAUUUAGCUUUUGAUAAAAAAUAUCAUGCUUGUAAUAAUGUACAUAGUUGACAUCUCUAUUAAAAUGAUUUUAUGUGAGAUGAGCAAAUUUGACAGAUUAAAAAAAAAUUAAAAAACUCAAUGUUCCAGACAGCAGAAUUUGGAAUGAGUACCACUGCAGCCCAGGGCAGUUAAUCGGGCGAGUCCUUUAAGCAUUGGGUACAGUCUGUAACAAUGGGCCCAGUACUAAUGGGUUACCAGAUCAGCUGGUUGGCACGCUCUAUUUAUUAUUUUUGUUUGGCCCAUUUUAGUCACUUCCUGUGCUCUCCCUGCUCUCUUCCCAGGCUCUUGGCUCUGAGUUUUCCACUCAGAAGGCAGACAUUCCUCCACAUAUUGCUGUAAUCCACAAAGCUGCAAGAUUUGUUUGUUUGCUUUUAAUAAAAUGUUGUUGGGUUUUUUCACCAGUGAAGUACAGAUGGUUCUAUGAGAUCUCCAAAGAUCACAGUCCCUUAGAAAUGUAGGUUUAUUCCUUGUUAAAAUCUCAAAGAUAUGCAUUGUAUUGUAUGCUUCCCAUUUGCAAACCUGUAGCGGUGAACCUACCUGUAAACUGAAGCACUCAUUCCUGUCCUCGUGCUUAUUGGCAGGCCUCUCAUUCCAAGCAUAAUCUCCUGCCAAAAAAGCUUUAGCAUCUUAUUCUUUGGACUACUUUAGUUGAGCUAGUCAUUUGGCUGUCUUGAGGCUGUUUAAAAAGUCACUGUGUGUGCCUCAGCAUUUUCAUGAAAGGUAGAGAUGAGAAUUUCUUCAAACAUUUCUAUGAAGGCUGAAGUGUUUGGUUGAAGGGGACAUUGAGUCUAAACUGGGACUAGCAGGUGAGCAGUGGUGAAACCUACGAUGUUGCAGUAUUCAUAAUGGAAAGAAGUUGGCACACUGCAUGACCAUUUAUCUCUUUAUUUCAAUUUUAAGUCAGUUUAAUGUGAGCCUUUUGUGGGUGUGUGUUUUAUAGAGUUACACAAAUGUUUUUCUAAAUAUCACAGCUAUUGUAAAUGUAAACGAAUAUGCAACACAGUAACACAUUUAGGUUGAUUUAAAGUCGAUCUUAUUGACAACAAUACUGGACAGCUGAAGGUUCAUUCAUUUGAUUACUAGUUCUGUGAAGGGGAACUCCAGACAAUUAUAUAUCAUGCAUGUUACUUACUAUACAAAUGCAAACAUGCCACUUCUGUUCUAUGCAUUUCAUUCAAUUUUUAUUAAUCUUAUGUUUUAAGAAAUGCUGGUCAUACAAUUGAUAGAAUUAAUUAUAUUAAAAAAGCACUCUCCAGAUAUUUCAACCCCUCUUCAAAUAAUACUGAUCCUAUGUAGUCUUAGAUGUUGAGCAGAACUGACCUUUUAUUUAAGAAAACUGGAGUUAGAAAUGGAUAGUUACAUGGGUUGGAUGAUAUGUUUUAAAUAAAAUAAUUAGACUAACUAAUCUGGUUCAGGGAUUCAGUCUUAUGUACUUUAACUUCUGAAUCAUUUUUGAUAAAGUAUCCACAGAACACAGGUCUUGCCUUGUUCAGACACAUUACAUUACAGCCCUAGAUAUCUAAGGGACAAAAAAAAAGUCUUAAAACCUUGCUUAUUAUCUAGCUUGUAUAACUUGACCAUGAGAUCAUUUCAAUAUAAUGUACUUUAAGUAUAGGUAUUAUGUAUGCCCCAUGAAUAAGAGUGAUUAUAUGUGUUAAUGGAGAUUUGGUGAAUUUAUAUCUUAUCCAGGGAUGUUCAUCAUGUAACAUUUUUGCUGCUUUUUGCGCACAACAAAACGACGGGGAAACUGGGAUGAUUUAUGACAAUAGAGUGCCAUCUACAGUACAAGAAUGUUAAAUGAUUGUGGUAAUGCUGCUACAGUAUAUAACACUGGAGCUCAAAUAAAAUGCAAGUGAUCAAU